AGAGCCCGGCGCUUGCUCUGGGCUUGGGGGAGGCGGUGGCGGAGAAGGAGGAGGAGAAGGAGGAGGAGCGGGGCCAGCAGGAGGCAGCGGCGGCGAUCGCGCUGGGGUGAUGGUGCAGGUGCUCGGGGCCGGCGCAGAACUGCCCGGCUGAGGGGCGCCUGGUCCGGGGUCUGCAACGCCGCCGCGUCUCUCCCGGACGCGGGCGGGCGGGAAGAUGCUGAGCAGGUUGAUGAGCGGCAGCAGCAGGAGCCUGGAGCGCGAGUACAGCUGCACCGUGCGGCUACUGGACGACAGCGAGUACACCUGCACCAUCCAGAGAGAUGCCAAAGGCCAGUACCUGUUUGACCUUCUUUGCCACCACCUGAAUCUACUUGAGAAAGACUAUUUUGGGAUCCGCUUUGUGGACCCUGAUAAGCAGCGGCAUUGGUUGGAGUUUACAAAGUCUGUGGUGAAGCAACUGAGAUCCCAGCCUCCGUUCACCAUGUGCUUCCGGGUGAAGUUUUACCCUGCAGACCCUGCUGCCCUGAAAGAAGAAAUAACCAGGUAUUUAGUCUUCCUGCAGAUCAAAAGGGAUCUCUACCACGGCCGCCUCCUCUGUAAAACAUCAGAUGCUGCCUUGUUAGCAGCUUAUAUCCUUCAAGCGGAGAUUGGGGAUUAUGACCCAGGAAAACACCCCGAAGGCUACAGCUCCAAGUUCCAGUUUUUCCCUAAACAUUCAGAGAAGCUGGAAAGGAAGAUUGCUGAGAUUCACAAGACAGAACUCAGUGGUCAAACACCAGCAACAUCAGAGCUGAACUUUUUAAGAAAAGCGCAGACAUUGGAGACCUAUGGAGUGGACCCUCAUCCGUGUAAGGACGUGUCAGGAAAUGCUGCAUUUCUGGCCUUCACUCCUUUUGGGUUUGUUGUUCUGCAAGGAAACAAGAGGGUCCACUUCAUCAAAUGGAAUGAGGUGACCAAGCUGAAAUUUGAAGGAAAGACUUUUUAUUUAUACGUAAGUCAGAAAGAGGAAAAGAAAAUUAUUCUCACAUAUUUUGCUCCAACUCCAGAAGCCUGCAAGCACCUCUGGAAAUGUGGGAUCGAGAACCAAGCCUUCUACAAGCUGGAGAAGUCAAGCCAAGUCCGCACAGUAUCCAGCAGCAAUUUAUUCUUUAAAGGGAGCCGGUUCCGAUACAGUGGCCGAGUUGCCAAGGAAGUAAUGGAAUCGAGUGCCAAGAUCAAGCGAGAGCCACCAGAAAUACACAGGGCAGGGAUGGUUCCCAGCCGCAGCUGUCCUUCCAUAACCCAUGGCCCAAGGCUGAGCAGCGUGCCCAGGACCCGGAGAAGAGCUGUUCACAUCUCCAUCAUGGAAGGCCUCGAGUCCCUGCGGGACAGUGCCCACUCCACCCCGGUACGUUCCUCUUCCCACGGGGACACCUUCCUGCCUCACGUGAGAAGCAGCCGGGCAGACAGCAACGAGCGAGUCACUGUGAUCGCAGACGAGGCCUACAGCCCUGCAGACAGUGUGCUGCCCACCCCUGUGGCCGAGCACAGCCUGGAGCUGAUGCUGCUUUCCCGGCAGAUCAAUGGAGCCACCUGCAGCAUUGAGGAGGAGAAAGAAUCUGAGGCCAGCACCCCAACUGCUGCAGAGAUGGAGGCCCUUGGGGGAGAGCUGAGGGCCCUGUGUCAGGGGCACGGCAGGCCAGAGGAGGAACAGAGUGGGCAUCUGAAGGGACCACCGCUACAGCAGCAGCAGCAGCAGCAGGGGUGGGGUAAGUCUAUCUCCUUAGACUAGAUCCUAGAGGGCAUCACCAUGAGUUCUGUAUAAUGAACUUAUGCUUCUGUGAUUUUUUUGUGAAGGAUCUCAAGCACUCCAUAAAGCAUUAGGUGAAUUCAGUGGCGCUAGGGAUAGGACUGUCCGAGAUAUCAGACUAAGUGAAGUUAGCAGAAACCAGAGCCGAGGUACCUGAGAGACUGUUGAGAUUCAGAAAGCAGUACUUAUUUUGUACACCCCCCUCCUCCCCCCAAAAAAGACUAUUUCAAUUUAUAUUUUAACAAAAUGUUAUUUUCUUAUCGAUUCAUAUUUUGUUUUUACUUUAUGGACUAAGAAAAUAGAGCCUGAUGAACUUAAACGAUGCAAGAAAGAAACUGAUCCUGAGAAUGAAAAGCUUCAGAAAAUAGAAUUUCAAGAUCAAGAGACAGCCUUGGAAGGGACCAGGAAAAGAAUCUCUUUAAAUAGGAGUUCUAAGAGAUGCCUACAAAAGAAAGAAGGUGAACUUGGCAGAGACCAACACGUAGAUGUAGAAAUACUGCCCCCUAGGGUCAUCCUCUGCACCAGGAAAGUAAAAGUUGUAGGAAAGCAUUAGUCAUCCUUGCCGAGGGAAGCCGUGGAAGCAUGCAAGAAGCACAGCACGUGAAGGGUGAGUGUGGGGUCCAAGGCCCGAGCUCUGCAACUCUUAUAACCACUCACACAAGAUCUUGUUUUCAUCUCAGGGAGAGAUUUCUGAGUCACCUGUGGCCUGAGGACUUAUUUAAGGACAGUCAGUGGACAUGUUUCUGGGACCCACGUAAUAGUGGAGCAGCUACUGACACUCUAUGAUGCUGAGCUACCCAAAUGCAGAACAGAAUGAGUCACGUGGAGAUCUGCUUUCCCCUAGUUUGUCCCGAGACAGCAGACCCAUGUCCAUGUGUAGAAUUUGACAGUCAUGGAAUAAAAGGAGUCUUUCUUUUUUCAAGGUAGGGGGAAUGUUGUGUAAUCUUAAAUGCCCUCUUAUCUAGACCAGGGGUUGGCAAACUUCAUCUAUAAAGUGCCAGAUAGUAAAUUUUUUUUUUUUUUCAGUUUUGUGGACUAUGCUCUGUGGCAACUACUCAACUCUGCCAUCUUAGCACAAAAACAGCCAUAGGUAAUAUAUAAACAAAGGAAUAAGGCUGGGUUCCAAUGAAACUUUUAUUUAUAAAAACUGAUGGUGAGCUGAAUUUGGCCCACAGGCCAUAAUUUGCCAACCCCGAUCUAGGCAAUAAAACUGCUCCCUACCGGGGUGUAAACAGAAAGAGGGUCAGCUCUGCUCCAAUUCCUAACAUGUGUUAAAGAUCCAGGGUCAUUCACUUCCCAGUAGAGGCACUGGGGUUGCUUAUUUAAAGGGUGCUCGAACAACCAACCAGCAGAGAUGUCCGAUGCCAACACGAGCAAGAUCAAGGACUGGAAUGAUGAAACAUUGCCAGAAUCGAAGCAUGGCAGACAGCCUGUCCAAUCCUUUCCAUACCAGCAACUAUCUGGGCAGAAUUACAAACAUCUAUUUUCCAAGUGAUGAGACAAAAACUGAGGGAGAUCCUAGUAAAGAUUAGGGGUCACCUAGAACUAAUUAGCCACUGCCACUUGUCAUCUACAUAGGAAAGGCUGUAGUAGCACAGGACCAGAGGGAAAAGUAGACUCAGAGAUGAAAAGGCUGUCGGGAGAUAGGGGGCUGGUUUUAAACCUGGAUAUCUACUGUCUUAUGCAACAUAGCAGAUUACCUUUUAGUGUAGUGUUCCUACCUCAGUCUAGAAUAUGGUGUUUCUAUGCAGUGAGUGAUAGCCUCGACUCUGACCUUUCAUAUUCAUGUUAAAGACAGAUGCAGUAUUCCAUUUCCUGGUACAUUUCUUGUGUCUAGAAUUCUAACAGUACAAUAUCCCAUACCACUUCCAACAGCUGGAUUCUGCUCUCUGACCAGAAACUUUCAGGUUUUUUUUUUUUUUUCCAGGGCUUAUCCCACAAAAUACAGAUAGAAAAGUUUCCUUCAAUUUGCUUUUAAAAUAAGUGCUUGAAUAACAAACCUUUGUUGGUGACUAGUCUUUUUUUGGGUAUCUCCCCAUCAUUAAAAAUUGUUCAAGUUUUUUAUCUCAUUUUACUGUGUUCCACUCUGUCUAUUUUCUCUCAAAAUUAGUUUGAUCUCAUUGUAGAAAAAGCAACAGUUUCCAUAGCUUCAUCUAUCAGAGGAAAUAAAACUCUUACUAAAGAAUAGUGUACUGCAUCUCUAAGCAGUAGAAGGUAAACUACCUGCAAAUGUGAAUUUCUUAGUUUCAUUAAAAAAUAUAGAGUUGUUAACCUUCCGUGUGCCAAAAAUUCUAGGUUACGUUUUCCUUCAAAGCAAUGUACUUUUUUCUACAUAUGCAGUAUGUAGUUAGCAUAAAAUCAUU